GACUUGCCCUUGGUAGACGCGCCCCACACCAAGGGUAAAAAGUUCAAAGAGUUUUUCCAUCUCAUUGAAGGUGUCUCCCCCGAAGACUGUGAUCGUAUUCGCGAAGCUAUGAACACUGACCCUCCCAAUCUCGGACGCCCCCGUGAUGCACUUGGAGAUGCUUGCGUCUUGCAAAUGGCAAUUUCCCCCGACGCACAGGGCACCUACACUGUGCUCAAUUUUUUCCAUUCCACUGCCUUCAUCCCCAUGGGUCUCGCCAAGGCCUUCUGCAACCAGAAGGUGAUGGUAAUCAAUUACCAGAUUGCCAACAAUAGUGACCAUGUCAAGUGCGCCUUCUUGCACAUGCUCCAGCACACCCCAGGAGAGCAGUGGCUCUCGCAGUCUGUGAUGGACAAAAUUUCAGCCAAGGCCGUGAAGGACGACGGUGAUGGAAAGAAUUGGGAACCCAGUGAAGAUGAACUCAGAAGGGGCAUAGAGUUCAUCAACGACCAGGCACCUUUGUCGAAUACGAACAACGAACAGUUCUGUGGACACUACUCAAUAUUCGGGCGCUCAAAACAGAUUGAUGGGUUCAGAGAAAGGCCCGGGGAAAUCCAUGCGCCUGUCCUCUUGGAUGAUCCCCUACUUCACUCUAUGAACAUGGAGGAUUUGAAAUCAUUCCUGGAUGCCGCCGAGAACACACUUGUAGACGCCCGCUACAGGGCCGCGAAGUUUGUUCGCAACCAAGUCCGCAUACUACUGAACAACGAAUGGGGUGCUGAAAAGGAACCCAAAAUGCUCAUGGGCGACACCAUCUCCUGGGACGCUUUCAAGGACAUGUUCAGCCCUGCGGUUAAUAACGCCUCCAUCCCUCACUUGAUGGCUAUCCUCAAGCGUGCCUCCGUCGUCAUUGUUGGCGAGCUAGCUGUGUAUGUCCGACUAGCCAGUGAGCAUCCAGAGCAGAUCAUACACAGAUUUGCCAACAACGCCAUACAGAAGGACUUUUUGAAGCCCACCAACAAACACUUCUAUGGACUUUACCAAGAGAGUCAGCAUGUGAAGCCCCCAACCUACCAGGAGUACCUUGAUGCUGAGGCCAAUCUUGUCAGUGAGCUACUUGCGUCUCCGACCGAAAAGGAAUACCUCAGGCGCGGGCAUACACAUGAUCAAUGGGCCAUGGAAUAUGGCGAAGCCACUAUUUCCACGCCGCGAGCCGCUACGAGCUCCUCCAUCAUGGCCGUUAGCCCGCAGAUCACGUCCCCACCUACGAAGCACCCCAGGACCGACACCAAUAAUGAUGAUGCUGAUGAGGAGGCGGUCAAGGCGGUCCUUUACGGCAUGAAUGGUGCACAACACGUCCUGGUACAAAGCAUGCGCUGCACCAGCUUUGAUUGUCGCAAGACCUACGGGCCCAAUUUUGUUUGGGAGCACUCCGACAAGUACAAUACGGCCAACCCCCAAAACAUUGAAGAGAUUGGGGCUCUCUUUGUUGCAACCAAGGUUGGCUUCACUGUCGAUUACCUGAGGUACCACAGUUACCUUGAGUUCAGAGCAUUCGUGUCCUCUACGGCCGUUCAGCAGACGUACCAGCACACGUACUCAACGCCUCAUGGAUUGCACUUGGCUGAACUUCAUCCACUAAAUCUUCAUCUCGGUAUCGCGGUGGGCAAAGAGAUUUCACCUUCAGCGUUCCAGGCGUACCACCGAUAUCUUCAUGAGAAGAUUCUUCCACCCAAACGCAAGACUACCGUCAAGGAGCUCGUGGCUGAUGGCCAUCAGAAGGUGCAUAUCAAAUGUGCCAACUCUCGCCCACAUGCUGGCAAACCGCCUGCGCACGGGCGCAUGAAGCCCUUCGGACAUGGGUGGUUCAUGCUCGUUCAUCCUCGCGACCUUCGUAUCUUGGCCGUAAAAUCCAUGGCAGUGCCGGAAAACAACGAUAUACUUCGCGACACUCUUUCCGAAAUCCUGCCCCUCUACAAGAACCUAGACGGCUUGAUCAUGGACCGCGCCUGCGCCUUUCUCCCUACCACCAAGGUUACCAAGAGUCUGAAGCAAAUUAAGUUUUGGUCGGUAGACGGAUUCCAUGCGAGAGGGCACACCAAAGGAUGCCCUUGCAACCCUUUGUACCGUAAACGGCUGGCCAAGAGAUUUAAGGGAGUAAACUCUUCAGCGGCCGAGCAGGUCUUCAGCUGGUUUAGGAACUACGCACGUUUGCUGAACGAGUGUUCCCCAAUGCGCCACAGCUUCAAGGUCCUUUACUUUGUAAAGCUACACAAUCUUGCGGUGGAGCGAAAGCAGUCCAACUACCUGAAUCGUCAUGUUCGCAAUGGCUCUAAAGCCAAGCGACCUUACUCAUGCAGCAAGACGUCCGGCCCCAAAAAGAGGCCAGCGUCAGCCAUGAGUGCCUGA